UGUACCAACGGAAAGUUUAAAAUCUAGGUUCUUUUGUCAUUGACAGUGCGAAGGAAAACAUUGCUGAUAAUUGUAAUUUUCCUUCAUUUCUUUAAUUUAUCGGCAUAUAUUUGCUUGAUUUCAACUGUAAUUGAGUUAAAUUACACCAGUGCGAAAUGGCCUGGCGAUCUGUGGGGAAAGACAAUGCGGAUUUGGUGCGGAAAUUGAGAGAGUUCAAUAUAAUCAGCAAGGAUGCAGUGGAGAACGCAAUGAAAGACACAGACAGGAAAUUCUACUGUCCCAACAAUUCCUACAUGGAUGCGCCACAAACCAUCGGAUGUGGAGUGACUAUUUCUGCUCCUCACAUGCAUGCCUAUGCCUUGGAACUCCUGAGCAAUCAUGUGCGUCCUGGUAGUAGAGUCCUGGAUGUGGGAUCUGGAUCCGGCUACUUAACUGCGUGCUUUGCGCGCUAUUUGAAGGCUCAGGCUGACUUGGGAAGCGGUCUGGUGGUUGGGAUUGAGCACCAGCCGAAAUUGGUGGAGCUUUCGCUGAAGAACAUCCGCAGUGAUGAUGCUAGUCUGCUGGAAUCGGGCGUUAUUAAGAUUGUGGAGGGCGAUGGACGCCUUGGAUGUCCGGAACACGCUCCCUACGAUGCCAUUCAUGUGGGUGCGGCAGCCCCGGAGACGCCCACUGAAUUGAUAACGCAACUGAACAACGGUGGGCGAUUGGUGGUGCCCGUGGGACCCGCGCUGGGUAGUCAAUAUUUGGAGCAAUACGACAAGGACGCCAGCGGAACGGUGACCAAGACGAGGCUGAUGGGCGUGAUGUACGUGCCUCUGACUGACCUGAAGACUCCCUGACUGUUCUGCGUUCUCAAGCUGA